CACCCUGAAAUGAAACCUUAGGCUUCUCUCUUUCCUACAAUGAGAUGAAACAAGACAUUACAUGUUGUUGGCUGAUGAUGUAUGGAUAUGAGUAUAGAGAGGAAACACUAACUGCACAUUUCUCUUCCCUUCGCAUCAGAUUGACAUGUACAGGAGCUCUUCUAUCUUCAGGCUCAAGCUCUUUUGGACACUCAUACUUUCGAAUACUCUACAGAAACAAAAAAAAUGGUGUGAGCCACAGGGUCAGGCUGUUGAGGAGGAGCAGUUAAAACACUUUCUCCACCAGAAAGCAACCUCCCAGUUCCUGUAAAGCUUCUGGAACUCGAAGAAGAAGGAGUCUCAAGAGGUCCUUCAACAGCUCCCAGUUGUCUAGCUUGAUUGAAUAUCUCAUCAACAUCAUCUUUCUUCGAUGGAUCUUUAUUGAGUCAAAAUCAAGCAUCCACUUACUACAUAUAAUCGAUAUACAUACAAAAAUACACAUAUUUUCCAUGUAAGUAUACUUCUAUAAGGUAGAGUGGUAGACUAACGUGGAUCCAAAAUCAAAUGUACAAAUGAGAUUAUAAAGAAUCCAUAUGCCUAAAGUUCAACAUAUUACCUUUUUUUUUUUAAAAGCUUUCGGUUCAACUAAUUACUUGCUCGUAGAAAUCUAAUCGUAGCCUAAUUACCCCCAAAAAACAUUUAAAAGAAGUUGAGUUGGAUUUUGGAAGUACCUCGAACAACUUUGUUAGUGCAUUCAAUAUAACUAUAUUUGGUUAGAAAAAUAUAGUAAUAAUAAUAAAAAAGGUUCGCUACAUAUCCAAAUUUAUAGAUAGUAGCUACUUUUUAUUUGUAAAUUGCCCCUAUUAAUUUUAGUAGAUUGGUUAUAAAAUAUAGUAGUAAUUACACCUUCUAUAUUUCCUUGAGUAAAUGUAAAAAAAAAGAAUGCCCUUUUUCAAAAAAAAAUAUAUAUAUACAAAAAGCUAAAGAAAAAACAAUUGUUCAAGAUUUUAUGGUUGAUUAUAACCAUCAUCUAGUUGGACUAUAAAAAGCCAUGAAGAGUAACUUCAUUUCAUCAUUAAUAACCAUUUAUGUCUUUAAAAAGAAAAACCAUUUACGUGAAGAAUGAAGACCAUUUUCCUUAAGUUUUUGUUAUUGGCUUGUCUUGUUGUCGUCAUUUUUCGUCAGAAUCUUGCAGUGGAGAAUUUUUGCAAGAACAACAAUGACUGCAAAAAGUUAUGUGGACGCUAUUGCAAUAUUCGUGGAAGUUGCGUGUGUUCUAAUGUAUACAAUAAUGCAAUUAACAUUGAUUCUACCAAUAAUCCUUGUAUCCCAGAACAUCCCGGUUGUCAUGGAGGUCCUCCACCAAAACAAUUAAAAGUGUAAUGAUAAAAAUUAUGAUAUAUGUUUGAUAUAAGUUAUUUGCUGAAUAAAAUAUAAUUUCAUUUAAGAAUUUUGUUGUUCAUUCAUGUUUUCGAUUAUUUAAUUAUUAAAAUAUAAGAUCACAUAAUUUUAAACAUAUACAGUUAACAUUUUAGAGGUCAUAUAAA